GUGCCAAUCACUUGGACAAGUAUGUUUUAAAUAUCUCCAUUUUAUGCAUUUUCUUUUAGCUGUUAAACGAUUGAUGAAAGAAGCGGCCGAAUUGAAAGAUCCCACAGAUCAUUACCACGCUCAGCCUCUGGAGGAUAACCUUUUUGAAUGGCACUUCACAGUUAGAGGGCCCCCAGAUUCUGAUUUUGAUGGAGGAGUUUAUCAUGGACGCAUAGUUCUGCCACCAGAGUACCCCAUGAAACCACCAAGCAUUAUUCUGCUAACGGCUAAUGGGCGAUUUGAAGUAGGCAAGAAGAUCUGCCUAAGCAUCUCAGGGCAUCAUCCUGAAACCUGGCAGCCUUCAUGGAGCAUAAGGACAGCAUUGCUGGCCAUCAUUGGUUUUAUGCCAACUAAAGGAGAGGGAGCCAUAGGUUCUCUAGAUUACACACCUGAGGAGAGAAGAGCACUUGCCAAAAAAUCACAAGAUUUCUGUUGUGAAGGCUGUGGCUCUGCCAUGAAGGAUGUCCUAUUGCCUUUAAAAUCUGGAAGUGAUUCCAGCCAGGCUGACCAAGAAGCCAAAGAACUGGCGAGACAAAUUAGUUUUAAGGCCGAAGUCAAUUCAUCUGGAAAGACUAUCGCUGAAUCAGACUUAAACCACUCUUUUUCACUAAAUGGUUCACAAGACGAUUUACCUACAACAUUCCAGGGUGCUACAGCCGGCACAUCGUAUGGAACCCAGAAUCCAUCUGGAGCACCCUUGCCACAACCUGCCCAGCCAGCUCCUAAGAAUACCUCCAUGAGCCCUCGACAGCGCCGGGCCCAGCAGCAGAGUCAGAGAAGGUCCACUUCCCCCGACGUGAUCCAAGGCCAGCCGCCAAGAGCCAACCAUACUGAGCAUGGCGGGUCUGCCGUGCUCAUCGUCAUCCUGACUUUGGCACUGGCAGCUCUUAUAUUCCGGCGGAUAUAUCUGGCCAAUGAGUACAUAUUUGACUUUGAGUUAUAAUGCUGGUUUGUGACUUAAGAGCCGAGACUCAGUUGCUUCAUUAAACAUUCUGCAUUGGGUAUAACCUAAGGAUUGUUUACAAAAUGUUAUUUUGUAUUUACCCUUCAUUACUUUUUUAUUGUUAUAAAUUCUUUGUGCUAUAGGUAAACAUUCAGGCCGUGUCCCAACAGUUUGUCCUGCUUAGAUUAAGGGACUGGAAGCCAUAGUUCCUUGUCUAUUUAAUCUACUUCACAAACAAAAUAACUUAUUGUGAUUGCUCACACCCAAGCUGCUUUCCCAUGGAUUUGCAAUUCUUUUCUAUGUAGUCCUUUGGAGUUUUCAGAUAAAAGGUGGUGUUUUCACAUCCCGAGUAUUACUGGUUACUCAGUAUCACUUACUGAGUACCCUCUCUAGUUAUGUAGAAAAGGGGAUGAAGAACGGCAGGGGAGGGCACAGUGCUCACUAGCUUCUUGAAAAGCAUCAUAAUAGGAGACUGGGAUUGCCCAUUCUGUGAUCUUUGUAUUUGAAACUUUGUUCAGUGAGAAUAAUUUUAUUUCAGACAUUUAUAAAAGAUCUUCGUUAUAUUUUUGUUUUUGGAUAUUACUUGAAGAGGAAAGGCGUUGUAGUCACUUUGAUGUGCUGUCAUCACCUCCAGUGUGCACACAGAUGAAAACAGGUGUUUAAAAAGGUCCAUGCCAAGAAAUAGUUUGAAUUUUCUUUAGUUUUGAAUUUCCUCACAUUAGGUGAGGACAUCAUAAAGUUUGACUCUUUGCUCUGCUUUCAUUUGUACCUGAUGUGAGUUAUAUGCCCAGCUCUGUAGUCACUAUAGCUUUAAAUUCUAGGAAUAUGCAUAAUAUUCAAAUAUUAAUAGAAAAUCUCAGGGCCCAAGUAAUAGUGGUAGAAGGAUUAAAAACAAACCAACUUUUAUUUAGAAUUGUUCACUAAUCAAAACCCAAGAAAGAUUUCAAUGGAAAAGUUGAUCUGUCCCUUAGUGCCAGUCAGUUCCCCAGAUGCUGACAUGGAAUUUGUCAUGCCAGUGAGGCCACUUAAGGCAGGAUUGCCUUGGGCAUGUUCCUUCAGCAAUCUUGAGGGAGCUCUUGAGGGGCCUGUAUUGCUGAUUUAACUGGAAAAUAUAGGUAGUCCCCAGCUUUUAAAUAUAUCAUGCCCAUUUAUAAGCUUUUUUUUUGUUUCUUAAAGACAAUAUAAAUGGUAUCUGGGUUCUAGGUCAAUCCACAAAGGUUAGUAGCUCAUAUACAUUUUAAGUAUGUGUCAGAGCCAGGUGGUGGCGGCGCAUGCCUUUAAUCCCAGCACUCAGGAGGCAGAGGCAGGUGGAUCUCUGUGUUCGAGCCAGCCUGGUCUACAAGAGCUAGUUCCAGGACAGGCUCCAAAGCAACACAGAGAAACUCUGUCUCGAAAAACCAAAAAAAAAAAAAAAAAAUAUGUGUCAGGGUGUAGUUAUAAAGUCUAUGUGGUUUUAACUAAAUGCAAUCAUGAGUAAGAUAGAAAAAGCAUACAAAAUCAUUUUAGAGAUGAGUUUAAUUUUUACUUCUGUUAUGAUUUUGGGUCUGUUAACUAUUGAACCUAAUUUCCAUUUUUAUUUGGUAGCCAGGUCCUUAUGCUGUAGUUAGUUAAAUUAUUAAAGUUUAAAGUCUAAAAAGCCCAAGAAUGUUGUGACCACCUCAUGACAGCAAGGUUACCAUUUUUUAAAAUUUUCUUGCUGUGAAAAAUAUAUUUUGAGGUCUUAGUUUAUAAUACCAAAUAUGAAAAACAUUGAUUGGGUCAGUGGUCUCCUAGAAGCCAGUAACCCAGAGGAAGCCUGGGUGGCCUCUUCCCCCUGAGGAGAGAAACCCUGCACCAUCACCCUGUGCUGAGGCGGCCCGUGCGCUAGAGCAGUCUUCCCUCAGUCAGACUGGUAGCUUUCGCAGCUCUGUGAUCUUGCUGUAUCUUCCGUGGGCGCCUCUGCUAAGCACUGAGGUUGCUUUGUGAUCUCAUCUAUUCUCCCCUCACUGUUGCUAACUGGCUACCUCCGUAUGCGUGUUGGCAUUUUUGAGCACCUGAUACACACAUCAAAGUGGUACAGUUUGCUUCCCACCCAUAAUGCUAUCUAAAAAUUGUCUUCCCACCCCCACCUUGGAAUCAAUGAAGAGCCUCCAUUGUUAAAGCCUCGGUUUAGCCCUUAGUCCAGCAUAUGGCCCAAACCAUGUAGACACUGCUAGGCACAGUCUUAGGAUUCCUGUUUCUCUAGUUCUCAGAUUUCAGAACUCACGGCUUCUUCACUGACCAGCAUAGCAUAUGACUGCACAUCAAGGUAGUUAAAAUAGCAUGCUUGAAAAUGUGCCUGUUUCGCUUGUAGAGGUGUGAGCCCAUGAGCCUUCCAAAUCUUCUGUAUGUUUGGAGUUUAUGUAGCACUUUAUUCUUUCAUGCUGCUGAUUGUUUUAUUCUACUGAAAUAAAUGGUUUCAUCAAGCUUCUCAAUGAAUUAAAUAAAAACUAAGUUAUUUAUUGA